AUGACAGAUUUAGCCUCGUAUGCAGCACUUCUUCUUACUCUUAAUCCAAUACGAGGAGUACACGGUGUAGAUAUCAAUUAUGGUUAUCCUCUAAUCUCAUCUCAAGCACUUUAUUACAAUUUUGGCACCGCCAUGUCAGUAUCCAUCAAUCCUACGCGUCAUAUGGCCAUUGUCGGAUUGCCAAUAGAGAACUACGUGAUUCUACUCAGUAUAAAUACUACUAGUUUAUAUUAUAGUGAAUGGACAUUAAAUGUUACAGCCAGAUAUGCCACUGUUCAUAAUGCUAUUGUUGGUAUGGGUCGUUCCGUGGUCUGGCUUGACAAUGCAACAGUAGCUAUUACUGUUCUCACAGUUCCGGAUCGUCCAUGGUCCGAAUUAGAAGUUUGGGUGUAUGAUAUUGAUAAACUGUCCAAAGGUCCUCUUUUCGCUUUUCCAAACAACCAGCAAAUAAUUUCAUUGGGACUACCUCGCUUCCUUCACAUGCUCUCUUGGUCUGGAAAUUUACUCAUACUUACCGACAAAGACAUAGUGCUGUUUGUACCAUCAACACUGGCCGGUUUCUCUUCUGUAUGGGAUAUAUACCCUUCUAGUAAUAAUAUUAUCUUCAAUCCGACACAAUGCGUUGCUGGCACAUAUAAAAAUACAUCUAAUUUCGGACCAUGUACUGUUUGCCCGCCACAAACGAAAAAUCCAGGCAAACAACCAUGUACUGAAUGUGAGUUAUGUGCGCCCACUUCCUUCUGUCCUCUAGGUUCUGUUGAUGACGUUUCGUUAGAUGUUUAUCCAUCCUAUACUCAAACAUUUUCAUAUCCCGAUUCUCUAGAUAUAAAUAAUUAUGAUGAUCUUCUUGUGCAGAAUAUUUUUACGAUUGGUUAUUCACGUCGUUGUAUUGUUAUUUCACCUCUGUUUUGGACAAUAAUUGUCAUUAUAUUAUGCUAUAUUGUCUGGUUCUUGAUGACUUUGCCAAAAAGAUGUAAGUAUUCUAAAGGACAUUCUCAUCGAAAGAGGAUCAAGCGAUUCUUCAAAAAAACAAAUAUUGUGAAUGAAGGUGAACGAUGGGUAGGUGGUUUAUUUUCAUUUGGUAUCAUUGCACUUUUUGGUUUCACAUGUUGGUUCGCAUCUGAAUUCUUAAAUCUCUAUCCAAUUGAAACAUCCGGUAUGUCAUAUGUCCAAUGUGAUGAUACUGUACGUAAUGCUGUAUUUGAAAGUGCACUACAAUUGCCUCUACCUAAUCCUGAUGGUAAACAAUGA